AUGGCGACAAAAAAAAAGAUUCUCUUUGUAUUGACAUCUCAUGGUACAUUUCCAAAUGGACAUCCAACAGGAUGGUAUUUACCAGAAGCUGCUCAUCCAUAUUAUGUAUUAGAAAAUCAUUUUACAAUUGAAUGGGCAAGUCCAAAUGGAGGAAAAGCUCCGUUAGAUCCUUCAUCUGUAGAAAACUUUAAAGAUGAUGCUGAAUGUAAACAAUUUUUAUCCGAUAAUAAAGCUAAACAAGGUUAUGAAAAUACAAAAAAAUUGACUGAUAUUGAUGUCAAUGAUUAUGUAGCAUUGGUUUAUGUUGGCGGUCACGGACCUUGUUUUGAUUUAUCUGAAGAUAAAACAAAUGUUAAAUUAGCAGAAGCGUUUUGGAAACAAGGGAAAAUUGUUUCAGCUGUUUGUCAUGGACCGGCUGCUCUAGUUAAUGUACAAGAUGAAAAUGGUAAAUCAAUAUUUUCUGGACGAAAAGCAACAUCAUUUAGCAAUGAAGAAGAAGAACAAAUAAAAUUAACUGAUGCUAUUCCUUUUCUUGUCGAGACCCGUCUUAAAGAACUUGGAGCGCACUAUGAAAAAAAUGAUAAACCAUGGGGAGCUUACGUUACCGUUGAUGGACAACUUAUUCUUGGAGCCAAUCCGGCAUCUGCUCAUGAUUUUGGCGUGGCUAUACUUAAUGCACUUGACAAAAAAUGA